AUGUUCCGACGCGUAUCCCAGCUAUGGUCGCAUCUGCUUCACCACAAAUCCAAUGCAAAUCCUAGAACUGUAUCUACUGGCAUGGACUUGAAGCGGACCUUCCACGGCGGAGGAGACUUUCAGUCAACCGCAUCGCUUGAUCCCUCCACUGACACCAGCGGCCGUUGGCUUCACCGGGACAAGGCACAGCGGCAAGCUCGAUCUCUGAAGUUCGACUUCGCUCUAUUAUGCCAGAAAGCUAUAAACGUAUGUCCCGGAGCUAAGAGCGUCGUGCAGUGUGAAAAGACGGAGGGGGGCUUCAACCGAGUAUUCAUCUUCUCCCUGGACAAUGGAGCACAUAUCGUGGCAAAGCUGGCUUUCCGUGUGGCUGGUUCACCAGAUCUGAUGACCAGCUCGGAAGUCGUCACAAUGGCAUACGGAAAAGUGGUCAACGUCGCUGAUGGGGACUACACUCGGGAGUACACCGAUGCGUUGCUGGACGCGGCAUAUGAGCGGCUCCCUAACCUUUCAAAGGCAGAGCAUGCCGCCGAACUGUCGUACCGUGGCUCAGUGGAGGAACAUGUUCGGCUCUUGCAAAUCAGCAAAGCCGUGAUCAAGGGCUUAAAUGGGAGCCCCGUGAUUCGGGACGUCUCGGCACCGAUACUCCUGCAUCCUGAUCUCAACAAGAGGAACAUAUACGUCUCGCGCGACGACCCGACGCAGAUCACCGCCCUCAUAGACUGGCAAUCAACCUACGUGGAACCAACCUGUGUCUACGCGAACGAGUCGCCUGAUCUGACUGCUGCCUCGCCAAAUAUCUCCUCAAUCCCUGAAAUGGACGACGAGUUACGUGGAAAAGCUGGACCGAGACCGCCAUAUCUGUCAACAGACCUUCGAAGUCGUACUCCGUGGAUACGCGCCAAAGCUCGCAGCCGCCAGGGCGCUGGCGGAAAUACUCCCGAGUCCGAUGCGGUCUGCCAUUCGUCCUGGCGGGACCGCGCCCCGGCGUUGCGGCAGGAAUUGAUCGACCUGUCCCAGCCAUGGCCUGAGCUGGGACAUUUAGGGUCAUGUCCCUAUCAGCCUUUAGUGGAGGCACUCGCGGAGCAUGCGAAGCAGUGGGAGGAUUUCAAGACGGUGCUGAAAUUCAAAAUCUUUCUGAUCCGGGUGCUGGACUCGAACUCGGAAGGGUGGAUCUCGACCGAUGGCUGGGAGGCUGCGAAAGCGACGCACAAGCAAUUGUAUGAGCAGUGGAUGGAGACGGUCAGGGAGUCGGAAGAUCCGGAGAUGAACGAGGAGAGAGGGAGGAGGCUCCGGCCUUGGGAUGAAAGUUGA